GCCAUUUUUUUUAAUUUUUUAAAAAAAGUGUAUCAGGACUUGGGAAGAGGGUGACAAAGAAGGUUUUUCAAAGAGGCAGAGAAGGAGGUUCUAAUAAAUUUGGAAGGAUACAGUUCCCUGGCUUGGGGGAAAAGGAGAACUCCUGGCUGAUUAGCAUUCACACCAGACCAACAAGUAUCUUCAGACAAGUUUGUUGAUGGUUCAUGUCGACCAAUUCUACAUAAGAGUCGCAAAGCAGAUUUUGCAAAUUUUGCAUCCUGAGUGCUUGAUAAAUCAUAAGGCCACAUUGCUUCUUCAAAUUACCGACACAGCUUUUCACCAAUCGCUGCCCCAAUGAAUGUCUACACUAGGUCCAAAGCCUGGAGUGACCUACCUGAAGAGUGACACCAUUCAGAAACCACUGAAGAAACCCAAGACAGCGGAAAAACAGGAGGAGUCUGAGGAGAAUGAGAUUACGCAGACGGGUGCAUACAGCACCAAGACGGGCCUUCAUUGCCUGAAUUCUGAAACUGUCCCAUCUCUGAGCCCAGCUCUCAUCCAUUCAUCACUUUCACCAACAAACCUGCACACACACACAGGGUCACCUGAUAGUAACAUUAGUUGUAAGGGGAUGACAGAGCGCAUUCACAGCAUCAAUCUCCACAACUUCAGCAAUUCUGUGCUCGAGACCCUCAACGAGCAACGCAACCGUGGCCACUUCUGUGAUGUGACGGUCCGCAUCCACGGGAGCAUGCUACGCGCACACCGUUGUGUGUUAGCGGCUGGCAGCCCCUUCUUCCAAGACAAGCUGCUAUUGGGCUACAGCGACAUUGAAAUUCCUUCUGUGGUGUCAGUCCAAUCCGUACAAAAGCUCAUUGACUUCAUGUAUAGUGGGGUGCUGCGGGUCUCACAGUCAGAGGCCUUACAAAUUCUUACAGCAGCCAGCAUCCUGCAGAUCAAGACUGUGAUUGAUGAAUGCACACGGAUUGUCUCACAGAAUGUGGGUGACAUUUACCCAGUGAUGCAGGAUUCUGCCCAGGAGACACCCCGAGGGACUCCUGAAUCAGCCACUUCAGGGCAGAGCAGUGACACAGAGUCUGGCUAUCUGCAAAGCCAUUCCCAGCACAGUGUAGACAGGAUCUAUUCUGCUUUGUAUGCCUGUUCUAUGCAGAAUGGUAGUGGAGAACGUUCAUUCUACAGCGGAGCUGUGGUCAGUCACCAUGAAACAGCUCUUGGACUUUCCAGAGACCAUCAUAUGGAAGACCCAAGUUGGAUCACAAGGAUCCAUGAACGCUCGCAGCAGCAGAUGGAGCGGUAUCUUUCCACCACUCCAGAAACUACACACUGCCGGAAGCAGCCACGCCCGGUUCGGAUCCAAACCUUAGUGGGCAAUAUUCAUAUUAAGCAAGAGGUGGAAGAUGACUAUGACUACUAUGGACAGCAGAGGGUACAGAUUCUGGAGCGCAAUGAGUCUGAGGAAUGCACUGAAGAUACUGAUCAAGCAGAAGGCACUGAAAGUGAGCCCAAGGGAGAGAGCUUUGACUCUGGGGUCAGUUCCUCCAUUGGCACUGAACCUGAUUCUGUUGAACAACAAUUUAUAACAGGUCUAAACCGAGAAGGCCAACAAGAGCCUCCCCAAGCAGAACAAAAUGAUGCUUCUGCUGAAGGCAUUCAGCAACAGCACAUAGAUGCCAACUCUUCCUCACCUGAACGAUGCAAUGACAUUGAAAGGGACAGCACACUGAUUGCUGUUAGUAACAGUACUGAAAAGGGGACACUGCAGUCUGCUGUCACUACAACAGUCGGGCAGGCAUUGCCAAGCACCCAGCUGUACUUACGCCAGACAGAAACCCUCACCAGCAAUUUGAGGAUGCCGUUGACCUUGACCAGCAACACACAAGUGAUUGGUACAGCUGGCAAUACAUACUUGCCCGCACUCUUUACUACACAGUCUGCUGGCACUGGCACUAAGCCUUUCCUCUUCAGCCUGCCCCAGCCCUUAGGCCAACAGGCACAAUUUGUGACUGUGUCCCAGCCAGGUCUGUCAACUUUCACUGCCCAACUACCAGCUCCACAGCCUCUAGCUCCUUCUGCAGGCCACGGCACAGCAGGUGGGCAGGGUGAAAAAAAGCCUUAUGAGUGCACACUUUGCAACAAGACUUUCACCGCCAAACAGAAUUAUGUCAAGCACAUGUUUGUACAUACAGGUGAGAAGCCCCACCAAUGCAGCAUCUGUUGGCGAUCAUUCUCCCUAAAGGAUUACCUAAUCAAACACAUGGUGACACACACUGGUGUCAGAGCCUACCAAUGCAGCAUCUGUAACAAGCGCUUUACCCAGAAGAGCUCCCUGAAUGUGCACAUGCGGCUCCACCGAGGGGAGAAAUCCUAUGAAUGCUACAUCUGCAAGAAAAAAUUCUCCCAUAAGACCCUGCUUGAAAGACAUGUGGCUCUCCAUAGUGCCACAAAUGGAACACCUACCACAACAGGGACUGGUGCAAGGGCUCUUCCCACAGGAGUGUUGGCUUGCACAGAGGGAACCACCUAUGUCUGCUCCGUCUGUCCAGCUAAGUUUGACCAAAUUGAGCAUUUCAAUGACCACAUGAGAAUGCAUGUUUCAGAUGGAUAAGUAAAAUCUAUUCUGUUAUGAACAACAACAAAGCCCAACCAGAGAAACAACAAGAAGCUAUGGCACUAGAAUUUGAUAUUUUUGUUUGUUUGUUUUUACUUCUUUGUUCAUUUUAUUUUCAUUUCAUUUUUGUACUACAUGAAGAACUGUUUUUGCCUGCUGGUACAUUACAUUUCUGGAAGCUGGGUGAAAAGUAAUUAACCUUGCCUUCCUUUGAUGGUGGCCUUAAGGCCAGAUAGUGCUUCAGGAGAUCUACUGGUUAGAUCUCUAGCUACUGGCCUCUAAAUACAACCCUUCUUUACUACAGACAAAACUUUUAAAAAUAUCUUUUUGUCACUUGUGAAGAGCACUACAAAACAACAGCAACAAAGAGAAAUAUAUUAUGAAAUCUACAAGGCCUACUGUCGUAAGUACACCGCUUGCAGUGUUUCAGUGGACAGAUUCACAAUUCUGACCACUUUGGACUUCAGAGUAUCCAGUUAAAACUGUGGAAUAGAACUAAAUGGUUAAGCAAAAACCUCAGAAAGUGAGCCCUAUAAUAUAAUAAUCGUUAUUAUAAGAAGGGCUUUGGAGAAGGGCAAGGGAGUUUGGGUUGGAUGGUGUGGAGUCCCUGCAGGAUGGGGAAGGAGAAUAAUAGAUUCCUCUUGUGGAUUGUGUUCCUUUCCACACAUUCUGAUUCAUAGUCCCCAUCUUCUUUCUCCCUGAUUAACCAUCUUUCAUCAAAGGCUAGAAAAAAUUAAGUAAGAAUGAGGUGAGCGAAGAUGGCUUUUUCGUAAUUUAUUCAGUAUCUGGCUGAGUCCAAGGCCUCAGCAUAAUCAUUGGGACUUUAUCAAAGAAGAAAUAGCAAAAAGAAAAAAUUUCAAGAGUUUUUUCACCUAAUGUUCUAGGGACAAGAAAGGAUUAGCUUCCACAGGUGUUGGGAGUAAAAAUCAAAAAGGCUGCAUCAAGGUUUAUUCUUGUGGAAGAAAGUAAAGUAUGACAUGGGUGGGAAGUAACUAAAAAGAGGUCUCAUGAUUUUUUUUAAUUCAAUUUUUUUAUAGAGGGACAGAGGUGGUGUUUACCAGAUAGAGUGCUGAUUUUUUUAAAAAAUAUAUUUACCACAGUAUUUGUGUAAAAAAAUGAAAAAACAAAAUUGUAACCUUGUUAAAGUAAUUUUUGUUUUCUCUUGUUUUGCAUACACUGCCACUAAUAUCUGCUCAGUUGUGUAACUAUAUAUCUGUGUGCAUAUAUGUCUGUGUAUGUGGAUACACAUGCACACACACACACACACAUAUGUAGUGCACAUAUAUAACUUAUGUUAGAUGAAGACUUUUAAGAUUAGGUACAGUAUCCUACUUCCAAAUAGAAAAGAGCAAAGGAGAAUGAGGUUAUCCUUAUGGUUGAGUUCAAAGAAGACAAAAUAUGUGUCAAUUUAUUUUCUGUUGUUUUUUUCCUGUGCUUUUAUUAGUUUGAACAUAGCAACCAGAGAAUAGAGUGAUAUGUGUGAUUUCUUCCAUCAUAUUCUUUCUACCAUACAGUAUCACUUGAAAAGCUGUUCUGAAAAAAAAAAUCCUUAAGCUUGUAACUACAGUCCAUCUAAGAUUUAGACAAGAAAGAAUCUUUUCUGAAAUAAGAUACUCAACACAAUUUAUCCAGCGGUAGGAAUGAUAAAAAAUGAUUUUGUUCAUAAGUUCUGGGAGACUUUAUAUAGUCAUUCAUUCUUAUACAUCCUACUAUUCUAUCUCUAAUUUUCCAUUGCUCUAUGAAAAAUAGAUCUGCACUCUCCAAUUUACUUAAAUGCCAAAAUUGCUAUUUUUCCUUACAAAUACAAGUAAUCUUCCCUCUUUUUUGUUGUAAAAGUUUAAUGGGUCACUCUUUGUGUUCUUUGCUCAUCUGAACCCAAGUAAGGCAAGCAGAAUAAAUGUCAAAGAGCCUUUCAA